AUGUCCAGUCUCAUUACACCGGUAGCAGCGAACAGCUGUCAGUCGCCUCCUGCAGUUCCUCGCAAUGUGGCCCUGGCCACCGCACCUAUAACAUACGACCCCCCACCACGGGGCUGGGCCCUGAUACGGUCUAUCAUCACUUGGCGUGGACUGUGCAGCGGCGACUACCGAUCUUUCCACUCAAAUGUUCCAACACCGCCUCGUAGUUCGCUACACACAACUGUCUCGAGUGGUCUCCCGCCGUCACAUUUAUCCCAGCGAACACCAACCAAUUUGCAUACGCCCAAGUUCUCCUCUCGCCAAUCCUCGCGGCUACGAGAUCGCGUUUCCAUAAGUCCGACUCACCGUAAUGGUGGUGUUUCUUUCUUCGGACCAAUUACUGCCCUACACGCCAGACACAAACGAACCCUCUUAUGCCGAGAACUGAGCUGUGAGUCGUUGCCUUCUCUUAUCUAUCUAUCUAUCUAUCUUUUUUCUCAACUUACUGGGCCUUAUGCCGCGAGUACUUCUUGUACUUCUUCUUGUGCCCUCCUGAACAUCUUCCUUUAUCUCUCUCCUUUCCCUUGGAGAUCUAGAUCUAUCACGUCUUUCCCUAUAAUCGAAUUGUUCCUCUUGCAUACUCUGGUCUUUCUCUUCUGA